UCCCUCUCCUUUUUCUCUCAUCAAAACCCAAAAGCUGUUGAACUCUCUCUCUCUCUCUCUCUCUCUCUCUCUCAUAAAAAUCCAAAAACUGCUAUCCAAAUGGAGUUUCUUCUCAGCAAACCCAUGCUAAAUUUCCCAAACUCCUUUGACUAAAUCCAAAAUUCUGAUUUUGAAUUGUGUAUUCUAUCUUUUAGCUUAGUUGGAGAAAGAGUGUUAAAUUCAGAUUUGACUUCGGUGACUAGAGGAAAUUGGAUACAAAAUAUUUGCUUUGAAAAUAUGAGAUCAGAAUCCUGGAAGCUGCAAUUCAAUCUCUUCUUUUUUCUUCAAUUUGCUCAAAGUUUUAAUGAAACAUGAAUGUCAUGGAUGGUGGCUCUGUGUGUGGGGACCAAGAAGAAGAGGUAUGGAUACAAUCUUCGAAUCUUGGACAAGUUGGAUGGUUUCUCUCUGUGAACAUGAUGUUCAUGACGCAAGUUAAAGCUUCAGUUGAAUUAGAUGAAUGCGUGUAAAGUGAAGUAGUAGAAUUGUCGACAAGAGCUCAAAUAGAGAGAAUCCCACUCGACUCGCAUACAAAAACGGUGUAUGAAAAAGGACAUCUGGUCAUUUUUUAUAUUCACACAUAGCCAGAUUGCAAACGCCCUGAAAAUGCUGUUGAAAUCUCUGCUUCUCUUCCUCCUCUUCCAAGUUUGCACUUCCAGGGACACCUUAAGAUCGAACGAAGAACUGAAGGAUGAUGAUGGUGGACUUCUGGUGUCCAAAGAAAGCAGCUUUGAGUUGGGUUUCUUCAGCCCCGGAAAUUCUAGCAACCGCUAUGUUGGGAUUUGGUAUUCUCAAUGUAAAGUAUCUGAAAAAACAGUGGUGUGGAUCGCAAACAGAGACAACCCCAUCAAUGAUACCUCUGGAGUUUUCACCAUAAACAGGUAUGGAGACCUAGUUCUUUAUGCUUAUAACAUGGAGACCAGUCCUAUUUGGUCUGCAGAUGUGCCUCAUUCAGUCAAAAACACUGGCACCUUAUCUGCAUAUGUACAGCUGUUGGAUACAGGAAACUUAGUUAUGUUCCAGAAUGAUAGAGAUGGAAUCUUUGUAUGGCAAAGUUUUGAUUAUCCUACAGAUACUUUAAUCCCUGGUAUGAAAGUUGGGAUGAAUCGGAAAACUGGGCUAGAAUGGGUUUUAACAUCUUGGAAGUCACUAGAUGACCCUGGAACUGGGGACUAUACCUUUAGGCUUCAUAAUUGGAGCCACGUUGUCACACCCCAGUAUUUUAUUUAUAAAGGUUUGUCUAAGUAUUGGCGAGGUGAUACAGAGCCUUGGCCUAAUUCGAUCCGAAAUGCAGAGGAAAUGUCUUUUUUCCUUACCUAUAACACCAAUAAACUUACAAUAAUGAAGUUGAUGUUUUCUGGGCUACAUCAGCACUUGGUAUGGAGUGAUGCUGACCAUCAAUGGAAGGAGUUGUGGUCUUCGCCGAAAUACAGGUGUGACUGGUAUGGACAUUGUGGUGCCAACAGCAAAUGUAGCCUUGACAGUGGUAAUCUGUUCGAGUGUGAGUGUCUACCGGGGUAUGAACCAAAAUCUAUAAAUGGUUGGAACGGGAGAGAUGGGUCAGAUGGAUGUGUGAGUAAACGAGUCAAAGUGUCAGAGUGUAGAAAUGGAGAAGGGUUUGUGAAGGUGGAAAGGGUGAAAGUGAUGUAGGACAAGAAUGGACCCAGUUUAGCCGAAAAACCAUAAAAGUAAAGAAGCGGUGUAGAAUCACGAAGAGUGAUUGGAAAAUAGGUAACUCACGCGUGAUCAGGUUACUAGCCGCUGGAAUAU